CUGGUUGCAUUGCACAAUGCUGCCCAUUCUGCAGUGUUAGCUGAGCCCGGGAGUCCCUCCUGGCCCCCGACUCCCCACAGACUCUAUAUAACAGGCACCUACUGGGGGUACAGCGUCAGCAACACUCUGCAGACAGCUCAUCUAUUCCCCAAGGGGACAGGAGCUGAGGAACCAGGACUUUGGCCAGGAGGAGACCGCGCCACGGUUAGUUCCUGAGCUGAUCUGAAUCUUCAGGCAGGAGAUCCCACAGAUUGAACAGACACUGAGGCUAGGUCUACACUACCCGCCUGACGACAAUCGAUCCCUGAAUCGACGCUCUUACUCCACCAGUGGAGGUGGGAGUAAGCGCCGUCGACAGGAAGCCGCAGAGGUCGAUUUUGCCGCCGUCCUCACAGCGGGGACCAUCUGGCUGGUGCCAUGGCUCUGAAAGUGACCCCCGUGCUGCUGCUGCUACUGGCUUCUGCACUGGUGCUGUUGGGAGCAUCAGCCAGCCAGGAGCAGUAUGAGCGGUUCCUCCUUCAGCACUUUGAUGCAAAGCCCAAGGGUCGUGACGACCGCUACUGCAACAACCGCAUGCGCUACAUGAUGAGGGAGGACAGGAGGAGGGACAAAAAUCCUGGGCCAAAAGUCUGCAAGGAGACAAACACCUUUGUCCAUGGAAACAGCGAUGAUAUCAAAGCCAUCUGCACUAGCCAUGGAGGCAGGAACUAUGUAACCAGAACUGGCCAGGCCAUGCGCCAGAGCCUCAGACCAUUCCAGGUCACCACCUGCACCUGGCAUGGAGGGAAACCCCUCGACAACUGCCAGUACCGGGCGACCCGGGACUCAAGGAUGAUCGUCGUUGCCUGCGAUGAGCAUGAGCACCCUGUGCAUUUUGCUGAGAGCCAGAUCUGACGGGGCAAUGAGGAGGUGACUCCCGAUUCCCUCGGAUUCUGCUGCUUCCUCUUCUGGUGCAGGGAUCUUGGGCUGAAAUGUCCUCAUCAUACGCUGCUCUCCCCUAGUGCCCAUUAUACAGUAUAGCCGCCCCUUCCCCACCCCACCCUCUGCUGCCCCUAGUGCCUAUUAUACAGAAUAGCCGCCCCUUCCCCACCCUCUGCUGCCCCUAGUGCCCAUUAUACAGUAUAGCCUCCCCUUCCCCACCCCCACCCUCUGCUGCCUCUAGUGCCCAUUAUACAGUGUAGCCGCCACUUCCCCACCCCCACCCUCUGCUGCCCCUAGUGCCCAUUAUACAGUAUUACCACCCCUUGCCACAACCCCCACCUUCUGCUGCCCCUAUGUCAUCUCCCCUCUCUGACAAAUAGCAGCCAUCUCAAACAGUGUCCUUUCAUUAAGAACUAUCUGCCAGUUUCACCCUGCUGGUGUUGCGUAUUCACUCUAAGAAUGGAUAAUCCUCACAUUCGUCAUGUUAAGUGUUAUAUUCGUCAUUAUUCUCUUCAUCAUUUUUGAACAUUUGUCUCCUGCCUGCCAUUCUCUGUGCUCCCUAAAUGCAAUAAAACCUGAAACUUGCAAAGCAA